AUGAGUGGGUCAGAGCAUAUUCUGUCAAGUUCCGGGGUUCCAACACAGAAUAUCUACGAAGCAAGUAAAGAUUUUGAUUGGGAGAGUUAUGUACCUGAAGAAUUGAAAAUAGACAUUUCGGGUCUUGUUGACUCACAGCCAGAUAGUUUACCGGUCCUUAGAAGCUUGAUAUACUAUUAUAAUAAGGAUGAUGUUUCCAAGAAACGCAAAGUGGCCUCUCCAUCUCCAGAAGUUGAAGUUGAAGAUACAAAUGUCGAACCAUCGACCUACAACCUUGAAUCGUUUACUAUUGAUAUCAAGGAACCAAUUGAUUCAGCUCGGGUGAUUGAACUGGUUUCCUCUAUGUCAUUUAUGGCGCCGAUCCGGAAAAAGCUUGACUUGGUAUUCCAUGUCAUAACUGAAGGGGUUCCAGCAUUAUCAAUUGUAAAUCCAUCCACCAAAAUUCCAGAAAUGACCUUGCUUAAUUUAAAACAGUCAAUUAAGUAUUGUGUUCUUUUGCCUAUGUUGGGUAACUCAACCUUAUCUGAUAAAAGGAACACUGGGUUAUUAUGUUUUUGGAUUAAUGAUAAUGCUACCGAAUCCCUGAAUAACCAACCUAUUGUCUGUCAAUUCAAUUUAGAUUUAGUGAAGAAACAAUUUAUUUCCAAGAAGAAAAUUACUGCAGAACAAGAGGAGAAAUUACUUCUAAAUAAUUCUCUUGAUUUAACCAAUGGUAUCAAACCAAUCAAUGAUGAAAUAAUUAAGUAUUUUGAAAAUCAAUUCACCCUUUGCGGGAUGGAAUUGAAUAAUUAUUUACCUUCGCCGAAAUUGAGUAAAAAUCAUUGUAUGAAAAAUACCGAUACUGGUAUUGCGGUUUCAACACAAGCAAAUGGGAAAAAUGAUUUGGUAAUAGUUGAAGCUUAUAAAGGAUCUAAAGAUGGAUCAUUGGUUUUAAUUGGUAAUAAACCAAAUGAACCAGGUUAUUUGAUAUUUGGUUUUAGAAAACCAAUUCUUUUUUACCGAUUGGACAAAUUGAUUAAUGUAUCUUAUAGUAAUAUUACCAGAUUAACAUUUAGUAUUUUAGUCACCUUUGGUUCUGAAGAUUCCUUAGCAAAAGAAACAAUUGAAUUUGCCAUGAUUGAUCAAGAACAUUUUAAUAUAAUAGAUGAAUUCAUGAGUAGUCAAAAAAUUGAAAAUGAUUCAUUCAACGAAGAUUUAAGAGAAAAAGCUACAAAUCCUACAGAAAAUACAAAUGAAAACGACAAGGAUGAUUCGAACGACAAUAAUGCUGAUCAACAACAAGCAGCAGAUAGCGAUGAUGAAGAACAAGAUGGAACCUACACUGGAGGUGUUGAAGAAGAAGAAGGAAGUGAAGACGAAGACAGCGAAGAUGACGAAGAAUAUGCUUCUAAUGCUGAAGAAAGUGAUAACGCAUCAGAAGAAAGUGGAGACGAAGAGGAAGAAAGUUGA